AUGGUCAUCACUGUCAAGAAAAAAGCAACACGGAUGAUGGAGCAGCAGUGGCUUGCAAAAAGUCGUUCUGAUGCAAUGUGGAGGGAUAUUGACGCUGAGCGCACUGCUUACCAGUUGGCAAUCGGGCGCCUGUCUGAAAAAUAUGAUACCUCUGUUGACUGGAUGUCUCAGCAGCUUUUCCUCGGUGGCAAGCUAUUGAAGUCUGGUACUUGGAUGGGACGAGAGACGUUAGCUAUUGUGUCAAGAGAGGCAAAAGAAUCAGGCGGAUGGAAGGAGCUCCCACAACAUGAGAUUGACGAUCUUAUGGAAAGUUUAGAAGAUGAUGAUACUUCAGCACCAGUUAAGGUGACAGCACGAAGUGUUGCAGCUGAUAUCGAGGGGACUAUUUCCCGCAUUCAACCAGAAUUGCUUGGCCUUGAGAGGCGGACUGGUUGCAAUGUGAUGUGGAUAGUCACAUGUGGAAAGAUGGCGUGUCUGCAUCUCCUCAAGACUACAGUUGAAAAGCUGGCCUUACAGACAGAUGCCUAUGUGGUGUCAGGUGCAUCUGGUGUUAUCCGCAUGACGACCGGUCGGAAGAUGACAAAACUCAAAGCCGAAAUUCGAGAGAUGUUUUUCUUAGACAAAAUUCUUACAGAGAUGGCGGUCCUUCCGGAUGACCUUCCGGCCGUUGCAUACAACAGCUAUGAUGCAUUUGUUGUUAAGUGGGGUAUUGAGCUGACAGGCUGGACCGAAGCUCAAGUCACAAACCCCGGAAACAUAACUUCCUCGGUCACAUUAUCUCAUCUCCAUUCUGCACUCAAGGAUGGGGAUUGUCAUUGGUGCACACUUUCUUCCUCAGAAUUGAAGUCGAAGGCCGAGGAAUUCAAAAAACACCUUGUUAAUGGCGAGAUCAAGUCUCGUGCCACCCGUUCCGAUAAAGGCACAAAAAAGAAGGCCAGGAUCUCUAUAAACACCAUCAAAAGCCGCGAUACCCUUACAGACACUGAUGAUGAUGACGACGACGAUGCCAAUGAAAACAACAGCAGCGACAACAUCAAAACUAGGGCAAGCACGGCCCCGACUGCAGCAGCUAUGGAUUCGGAAGGCGAUACAGUCAACCACAACAUUGUGACAGCCACCAGCCAUUCAGAUCCCAUGUUUCCUGCAACUCACUUUAGCACAAGCCCCUUCUCAACCCAACUCCCCAUGACACCCAUCAGUGCAAGCCCCUUCCUCACUCCCUCUCAAGCUGCAAAUGUAUCUGAAAAAUCCAUGGGCAGCUUUAACGGUUUAGCUUUGGAUGAUCAUUUUCGCUAUUCCCCUUUGCCAGUAGAAGACAGCGGCCUACCCAAUGAGGAAUAUCAUGCCAACAUUGCACGUUUGAUGGGAUUGUUCCAAUACAUCUAUAAUGUUCUUUCCAUUGCACACUUUGAACCAAUCCUCGUGCUUGAGCUCGCUGUUGCAGACAGCGACAAUGAAGGCUACAACACCUUCAUAACGUCUUCUGAGAGCUUCAGAAGCUUCUGGAUGGCAGCCGAAACUAUGUCUUUAUCUAACCUAUAUCUACUGGUGCAUAAGAGCAGAGGUAUAGGUGGUGGUAUUGGUGGUGUAGAGGUUUACUGGUGCCAUGGGUGGGUGGAGUUCGGCAGAACUCUGGGAGUCUUAUUUGGGAACGGAGUAAGGCUACUACAGAAGUCUGGAGUAGAAACAGAACAGAGGUUAGACUACCCUAAGGUAGAGCCGGAGAAUUAG